AAACAGUUUACGGCAACGGGUACCGAAUGGAGCCAUGGAGCAGGCGAAGUGUAUGUAUAUUUUAUAAACACGUCUGACAUAAGUUACACAAAUAUCUUCGCCGGAAAAAUUAUAACUGAAAGAAAGCUGUGAUGGAGCAAGUGCAAUGGUCGACGCCAAAUAAAAGUGAUAUAAAUCGACACGUGUCGCCGAUAGACAGUCCCCGUUGUCUGAGGACUCCUGUAAAACAAUAUGAGUCUAGACACAAACAAACUGCAUAUCAGAAUAAUACUGGUGGUUUUACUGUUUUGCCAAAUCACAUAACUCCACCGUCUGGGUUCACAAAGUUCAUAGCAAGGAACCCUUUCGAGGCAAACCUCACCAACAGGCUACAUUUAUCUGUGAUUAGUCCCACCGUGUUUACCCAGGUUUCUAGUCCGGGACAAGAAUCACCCAAGUUCAUGUGGAGUGUUGAAGAACUGGCUCUUAUUAAACCAGCUCGGAUAGAAGAAUCUCCUGUUCAACAACUUCACUGUUCAGAUCCUGAGAUUGAGAUUAAAGCGCAGGCUGCUAUUGAUAAAUUCUUUAGCGAAAACAAAAUAUUCCCAAGUCCAUGGGAUUCCAAGCGGAAAGACUUGAAUAGGAUAGAAAUAUCAACACCAACAAGGCCUCAAGAAGACUUAAACAGCACAAGAGAUUCUCAUAAAGCAAAAAAAGAUAGCUGGACACAAACUGUACUUACCUUAACUCCUAAUUUGCCCAAGGAUUUAGAGGAAGCUCUGAAACCAUACUUCACAUUUACACAGGCGCAACAGCAAGUCGAAAAUGACGAGGCUAAUUUGAGCAAUAGUUCGCUACGCAGAAAGUUAUUUUUCAAUCAAGAUGAUAAUCUUGAAGAUGAACAGUAUAGUUCCAUGUCACUUUCGCCUGUACAAUCCAAUGGUGCAAUGGAAUUAGGUGUUACUUGUAGUCCCACUCAAAGUGGCAUGUUCCUAGAAGGAUUGGCUCUGAAGAGAAGUUCGCGAAAACUUCAGCGUGAUCAUGGUACACCAAUAGCUAGUGCUAGUAAUUUAUCACCUCCAAAUGUCUCUCCGAUUGUUAACAAUAACAGUAACAUGUCUUGUCAAAGUAUCAGAUCUCGAGUAUCUCGUUCUGUGGCUAGGCUAGAUUUUACGACUGACAUGAGCAUCGAAGCUUCUGUGACUGAAGAGAAAAAGACUGACAAAGAUGAUGAGCAUAAUGAUUCAAUGCUAAGUUGUCGCUCAACUUUAGGUACUUCUAUGCUAUGCACUAAGUUGAGUAGCUCCACUGAAGACAUAGAUAAAUUUGUAGAACCACAGAAAUUGAAAAAACGGACAACACAGAAUGAAACUAUCGAGAUGAUACUUUUAGGAGAUGAGACAACGCAAGUUGAAUACGAAGACCGAAUUAUGGAUGGUUCGUCUGUUGCCCAUCGGCAGCAAAAGGAAACCGUGAAUCGUUUGAAGUUAGCCGCAGAGUGGUGCAAAUUGCAUUCCAACGAGAGUUAUGCUUAUCAGAACAACACGUUUGCAGGAAUUUCAGGGCAACAAAGUACUUUUAAUUUUGCUCAAGAUACUGGCUAUCAAACUCAAAGUAUGAAUAGUACCAGUAUGAACGAAAACGUCAAUGCCUCUCCAACUAAAAGCAACAUUCGAUGGGAUGAAAGAAUUUUGACACAUGAUGACGAAAUGCACAUGUCCGAUUGGAAAAGAAACAUACAAAACAUAUACAGUUCAACUCCGUCAAAGAGUAAAAGCAGAGACAAUUGAAUUUAUAGAUAUAUGUGAGUUUCUACACAAAGUAUUGAAUGUAAUAUUCAUAAUCUUACUUUGCAUGACAUUCAUCGAUGUAUAUGUGAAACAGGCAUUUCAGCAACAAUAAGAUAACAAAGUUUGGCGAUUACAACCUGCAUAAUUGCCAUAUGAUAUAUAUUUUUAAAUAUCGUUAAUUAGCAUAACAGUUUAUUAUGUGUUUGUAAAAAAAAAAAUUCGCAAUCGAUAAUUAAUUUGUGUAAAUGUUUUUGAAUUGUGAAAUCAUAUGACUGCCAUAUUAGUUGGUUAAGUAUCAUACUAUUUAGAAACUAAGACUACUCGUAUUAUUUUUCUAAUUGACCAGUAUUUCCUGCCACAAAACUAAGUUACGUAUGAUUGUAAUCAAUAUGUUUUACACCUUUUGUAGAAUUGUUGAAGUGAAUACUUUCUACACGAAAAUGAUGUACUUCGACUGCAAUACAAUUGAAGUUUCAAUUUCUUUCAGUUUCUUUAUCCUAAAUAAGGACUUCAGACUAAGCAACAUUAAAUAUGAAAUUGAGCUACAGAAAUUUGAUUUUAUAUAAUAGUGUAAAAAGAAACAAAUUAAUAAUUUAGUGUGACAUGUUAAUACAAGUAAAAGUAAUAAUACAAUUA